UCGUUAUCAAUUGAAUCCAAAUAUGUUAUUAAUUUGACUUCAUUUAAUGUGAGAGAAAGUAUUUUAUAGCACGUUGAAAUACUUAAACUUUAAGGGAAACCGGAAGUUCGGAACAAAUCAUGUGUUUUAAAGCAUUGCUGUCCACCAUUUUGAUACUGGCCAGGACAACUGAGGUGCAUGGUCAUGAGCGACGAUUUCUAUUGGAUGAUGGUGCUGUGUCUUAAAAUCAUACAACUGGUCCAAAUCCGUCUAACUGCUCGAGAACCAAUUCUCCAUUAGAGAAAGCCAGGUGCAUCUUGCAGACCACGCCCUUGAUAGACGGGCACAACGACAUGGCCGCUCUAUAUUACAUUUUCGCGAACAACUCCGUCAAUACCGUGGACCUCCAUGCUGACAUGGCCAAAGUAUGGAACUAUACGUAUGCUAGAACAGACAUUCCGAAAAUAAGACAGGGACUCCUAGGUGCACAGUUUUGGUCGUGCUGGGUGGAUUGUAAUAGCCAAUACAAAGAUGCCGUCCGUGCCACGUUAGACCAACUAGACGUCAUAAAACGGUUCACUGAAAAAUAUCCGGAGGUGUUUCAGUUCGUGACAACGAGUACAGGCGUGAUGGAUGCUUUCAACGCGGGUAAGAUAGGCAGUCUGAUCGGAUUAGAGGGAGGCCACUCUAUAGACAGUAGUCUGGCGGUACUGCGCAUGUAUUAUGACCUCGGGGUUAGAUACAUGACGUUAACACAUAGCUGCAAUACGCCGUGGGCGGAUAAUUGGCUUGUCGAUGAACCUGAUAAUAAUGGUACCACUCUUGGGGGCCUCUCACAUUUCGGUCAGGAAGUCGUUCGGGAAAUGAACCGUCUAGGAAUGAUUGUUGACCUUGCCCACGUGGCAAAGCGAACAAUGAUGGCUGCCAUUGCAACGUCACGAGCACCUGUUAUUUUUUCUCACUCCUCGGCUUUUCACGUCUGCAACCACUUCCGUAAUGUACAGGAUGACGUGCUUCUAAAACUGAAGGAAAAUGGCGGAGUGAUCAUGGUGAAUUUCUAUGACGGUUUCAUUGUUUGCCCACCAAGCAACAAAACCAGAUCCGACUUGACAGAUGUUGCAGAUCACAUUGAUUAUAUUGCAUCUCUGAUUGGACAUGACCAUGUUGGCAUCGGCAGUGACUUUGAUGGAGCGCCAAAAUUCCCGACGGGCCUCUCCGACCAGUCUAAAUACCCGGACCUAUUUGCCGAGCUAGUGAGGCGCGGUUGGGGUGAUGAACAACUCCGGAAACUCGCCGGCAAAAAUGUUUUGCGCGUUUUCAAGGCGGUUGAGCUGGUCCGAGACCAGCUGAGUGACACAGAACCAUCUGAAGCCCGUCUUCCCUCCUUCCAGCGUGUGGAUACCAACUGUAACACGAAUGUGUGAAAUUUAUAGUUGUUCAUGUUAG